GCCGCCCCACCUUUCUCUCCAUUCUUACUCACCUUGUUCCACCAUUGUUAAGAGAAAGAAAGCUUGAAUUUCUCUACUUUCUUCCAUAAAUUCACAAAGUCCUAACAAAAAAAAAAAUUCUUUUUACAUGUUGAGGAAGCAUUAGAGAGUAAAAAGAAGAAGAAAGAAUUGAAGAAAGGAAAGCCUAGAAACCCUCCAAGCAAAGGAAUGAGGAACCAUGAUGACAUGAAGGAUUAUGAUAAAGAUAGUGCAAUGGAAGAGAUGGAAUUAACAAUCUUUGAUUUAGUAAUUGUGAAGAAUGCCACUAACAACUUUUCAAGAAAUAAUAAACUGGGAGAAGGUGGCUUUGGACCCGUAUUCAAGGGUACAUUAUUGGACGGGCAAGAAAUAGCGGUGAAAAGGCUUUCUGAAACUUCCAGACAAGGAAGAGAAGAGUUCAAAAAUGAAGUCAAAUUGAUUGCGAAGCUUCAGCAUAGAAAUCUUGUAAAGCUUCUUGGCUGUUGCAUUGAAGGAGAGGAAAAAUUGUUGAUCUAUGAAUACAUGCCCAACAAAAGCCUGGACUUCUUUACUUUUGAUAAAACAAGAUGGAAAUUACUCGAUUGGCAUAGACGCUUCCAUAUUAUCGAGGGGAUUGCCCGUGGACUUCUCUAUCUUCAUCAAGACUCAAGACUAAGAAUCAUCCAUAGAGAUUUGAAAGUUAGUAAUAUUUUACUUGAUAGUGAUAUGAAUCCAAAAAUUUCUGAUUUUGGAUUGGCAAGAACAUUUGGAAGAGAACAAAGUCCGACAAACACAAAUAGAGUUGUUGGGACAUAUGGUUAUAUGCCACCUGAGUAUGCCAUUAAUGGUCUCUUCUCAGUAAAAUCCGAUGUUUUUAAUUUUGGUGUUAUAAUUUUAGAAAUAGUCAGUGGAAAGAGAAAUCGAGGAUUUUCCCUUGGAGGUCUUGGUCACAACCUUCUUGGAUAUGCAUGGAGGCUGUGGGUGAAAGGGAGGCCUUUAGAACUAAUUGAUAAAUCAUUAUAUGACUCGUGCGGUCCAUCUCAGGUUCUACGAUGCAUCCAUGUGGGCUUGUUAUGUGUGCAACAGCUGCCAGAGGACAGGCCGAAUACGUCAACUGUGGUUUUAAUGUUGGUAAGUGACACUUUUCUGCCUCAGCCAAAGCAGCCUGGUUUUUGCACUGAGAGAAAUCCAUAUGAAGCAGAAUCUUCGUCGAGGAAAGAAAGCAAUUAUUCAGGAAAUGAAAUCACCACUACCAUAAUAGAUCCUAGAUAGAAAUUGAAAUCUCCAUUUUAUUUUCCCCCUUUUAUCCAUGCUGUUCCUUUUUGAUUUUAAACAUAUUUAUAAAUACAAGUAUUUAUGCAAUGCAUUUUUAGUGUUUACUUCUGAUAUUUCAUCUGUUUUUUUCUAAACGAAAUAUUAAUAGAAGGCCUUGGUAUUG